GUAUAUAUGUUUAUCGAGUCCCUGGCUGAUGGGGGAGUAUUUGUUGGUUGUUCGCGAGAAACUGCACUGAAGCUUGCAGCGCAAACUGUCAUGGGAGCCGCUGAGAUGGUUCUGGAAAGCAAUGAGCAUCCUGCCGCUUUGAAGGAUAAAGUUUGUUCGCCAGGUGGUACAACAAUAGCGGGUCUGAGAGAGCUAGAAAAAUCAGGGUUCCGGUCUGCUGUUAUCGAAGCAGUGAGAGCAGCAGCAGAUAGGGCCAACAAUAUGCAAUGA